GGGCCGUCGGGCAGCCGGGGCCACCUGCUCCGUCGGGGGCGGAGGGCUUCCCGGAGGAAGCCGCUGGGUCCCACGCGGCGCUGGGGCCUCCGCCUCUCGCCAGGUCCGAGCUGUCAGCCUCUCCAGUGCCCGCGACGGAGGAGCCGGAYACGCCUAGCGCGGGCUCCAGGUGAGCGCGCGGUGCCGCAGCCAUUGCCGGCGUCCAGCUGCCAACUCUGUGCCGGGAUCCCUGUCUCCCGGUUCUCUGGUCCGUCCCAACGCGUGCCCUCGGGGGAUGUAGCGGCCAUGCCRGUGGACACGCUGAGCCCCGCGGCCGCCGCCGCCCCCUCCUUACCUUUUCGCCUGCGGACCAAGGUUCCUGGCUACCUCCUGCGGAGGCCAGCGGACGGCGGAGCGCGGAAACCCAGUGCCGUGGAGCGCCUGGAGGCCGACAAGGCCAAGUACGUCAAGAGCCUGCACGUAGCGAACACCCGCCAGGAACCGGUGCAGCCUUUGCUGUCCAAACAGCCGCUCUUCAGCCCCGGGACUCGCCGCACGGUGCUCACGCCUAGCCGCCGCGCCCUGCCCGGCCCUGGUCGCCGGCCCCAGCUGGACCUGGACAUCCUUAGCAGUCUCAUCAAUUUGUGUGACAGUCCUGUGUUACCUGCCGAGGCCAGCCGUACCCCCGGACGGGCAGAGGGAGCCUUCCAGCACCCCCCAGCCACACCUCCGCGCCCACCACCCAGCACAGCCGCCGUCCGCCGAGUGGACGUUCGCCCGCUGCCUGCCUCACCCGCCCGGCCUUGCCCAUCACCUGGCACCACCGCCGCCUCCAGCCCAGGCCGGCCACCGGGUUUGCAACGCUCCAAGUCGGACUUGAGUGAGCGCUUCUCCAGGGCAGCUGCCGACCUUGAGCGCUUUUUUAACUUCUGUGGUCUGGAUCCAGAGGAGGCGCGGGGGUUGGGGGUGGCCCACCUGGCACGGGCCAGCUCGGACAUCGUGUCCCUGGCGGGGCCCAGUGCUGGGCCGGGCAGCUCCGAGGGGGGCUGUUCCCACCGCAGCUCUGCCACUGUGGAGGAGCGGACCCAGGAGCGGGUCCCCUAUGGCGUGUCAGUGGUAGAACGCAAUGCCCGCGUGAUCAAGUGGCUCUAUGGGUUGCGGCAGGCACGGGAGAGCCCAGCAGCUGAGGGCUAGCCCUCUAGGACUCGAAAUUCACCACAGGACAGAUCUUGGAGAGGCUCUUGGCCCUUGACCUCUCCUGCAUCUGUUACCUGGGUCUCUGGACAGACCAGAGGCAGCUUCCUUGUUUGAACUUGGUGUAGAGGCAGAAACUUCCACCUAGACCAGGAUCCUCUGGCAAGGACCGAUCCUGGAGAGGGUUGCUCUUGGCCUUGGACCCUCCUCCCUUCAUGCAAGGGUUCUGACAUGGGCAAAACCCUUGCUUGGUUCCUGUGCUGGGGCUGGCAUCUGGCCAUUUAGCCCUCCCCAUUGGGAUUGGGGGACCGAGGGAUGUGCCAAGCCUGUCUACCCAGUGACUGUUUCCUCCUUCCUUCCUUGUCUUCUGUCCCUUGUUGACUUCCUCUUCCUUACCCAGUGGGCCCUGGCUUCCUGGGAACUCACCCUGGGGUGGGGGGUGGCCGGGAGGAAGGGGCCUAUCUGCUGCUCUUCCUGUUCCUUGGCAGCUGGCCGAGGUGGGUAGGCUGCAGGGGCCGGCUGGGGUCUGCACUGCUCUGACUUCCCUCC